AUGGAGGACAAGAAGAAGAAAAGGAGCCCCAAGCCCUGCCUGACCCAGCCGGCCGCAGCCCCAGGAACGCUCCGCAGGGUCCCUGUGCCCACCAGCCACAGUGGUUCCUUGGCCCUGGGCCUCCCUCAUCUGCCGUCCCCCAAACAGAGGGCCAAGUUCAAGAGGGCAGGCAAGGAGAAAUGCCGCCCAGUGCUGGCCGGAGGGGGGGGUGGCUCUGCAAGCACCCCCCUGCAGCACUCGUUCCUGACUGAGGUGACCGAUGUUUAUGAGAUGGAGGGAGGACUGCUGAACCUGCUCAAUGACUUCCACUCAGGCCGGCUCCAGGCCUUCGGGAAGGAAUGCUCCUUUGAGCAGUUGGAGCACGUGCGGGAGAUGCAGGAGAAGCUGGCCCGGUUGCACUUCAGCCUGGACGUGUGUGGGGAGGAGGAGGAAGAGGAGGAAGAAGAGGACGGGGUCACUGAGGGGCUGCCCGAAGAGCAGAAGAAGACCACAGCUGACCGCAACCUGGACCAGCUGCUUAGCAAUCUGGAAGAUCUUAGUAAUUCUAUACAGAAGUUGCACCUGGCCGAGAACGCGGAGCCUGAGGAGCAGGCGGCUGUGUAG